AUGUCAUUUCAAGAAUCAAAAUAUUAAUAAGAAUAAAACUAAAACUAUCUUCAAGCUGAAGAAUUGUAUUCGGCUAGUUAAGUAAAUUAUUUGAAUUUAUAGAUUAGGUUAAACUUAAAGAUUAAAAGAUUCAGGAGGCCUUAAAAUUGAUUAAUGAUGCUUUGAUUCUCUAUCCUUAAAAUUCAAAAGCUUUAGCACUAAGAGGUUAUUGUAAUCAUAAUUACUUUAGGAUAAUUAUUUUUAAAAAAUUAUCUGUAUGAUCAAGCUUUAGAGGAUUUAAAUUAGGCUGUUCAAUUAGAACCUUAAAAUGAAGAAAUUCUUUAUUAUAGAGGUAAAAUAUGAUUUAAUUUAUUAUUAGCAACUGUAUUUUUUAGAAAGAGAAUGUUAAUAGAAGCAUUGACAGAUUGUGAAAAUGCAAUAAAGAUUAAUCCUAAAUAUGCAAUGCCAUAUAUGAGAAUAGGUAAAGAAACUUUAAAUAUAUUUAGGAAGUAUUAAAGCUGCAAUGGGAAAUUAAGACGAAGCAUUAUAAUACUAUAAUAAGGCAAUAGAAGUAGACGAAAAUUGUUGUUCAGCAUAUAUUAACAGAGGUUAUUAAUAACUAAUAUUGAAAAGGAGUUCUUUCUGAUGAAAUGGGAAAUAAAGAGUAGGCUCUCUUCGAUUAUAACAAAGCUAUUGAAUUAGAUCCUAAUGAUGCAAAAUCUUAUUGCAACAGAGGUAAUUAUUAUAUUUUAUUGAGAGGAAUUCUAUAAAAAGAACUUGGAAAAAUAGACUAAGCCUUAUUAGAUUAUAAUAAAGCUAUUUAAUUAGAUCCUAAUGAUGCUAACUCUUAUAAUACUAGAGGUAAUCAAUUUGAAAAUUUGAAUAGGUGCCCUUUAUAAACAGAUCGGAAAUAAAUAAUAAGCACUUUUGGAUUAUAACAAAGCAAUAGAAUUGGAUUCUACUGACUCUAACGUUUAUAAUAACAGAGGUAAUCAUUUUUGUAUUAUAUUCAUUAGGAAACCUAUAUAAAGAAAAUAAUUAAAAUGACUUAGCAGUUUCUGAUUAUCUUUAAGCAUUAAAUUUUUAAUCUGAUAAUCCACUUAUACUAGCCAAUUUAGGAGAUCUUUAUUAUUCAGAAUAAAAUUACAUUCUUUCAGCGGAUUAUUAUAAACAAGCACUUGCUUCUUUAGAUUUAAUUACUCCACAAAAGCAAAUAAAUUGGAGUUUAUCAGAAGGAAAUAUUUUAUUCAUAAAAGAAAAAAUCAAAGUUCUUUUAGAAAUUUAAAAUGAUAUUGCUUAAUUAAGAUAAUAGCUUUCAACAAUAACAACUAAAUUUGAUUCAGAUUAAUAAAGUGUAUUUGAAGUAUAAGAGAACAUAAGUAAUAUUGAGAGAAAACUUACAAAAUAAUUGAAACCAUUUACAGAAUCAACAAUUCAAGAAGAAAAUCAAUAAUAGUUAAAU